UCCACAGAAAGUAAUCAUUCACACAGCCAUUGGGAGCAAUUUGUGGUUCAGUAUCUUCCUCAAUGACCCUUCGACAUGCAGAUUGGAGGCGCCAGGGUGUAAAACCACCAAGUUUAUGGACAAUGGUUUAACUUGGUGUUGGUUGUCUGUGCAGUCGGAGCAAUGCGGCGGCUGUACGUCGGUGGGUUGAGCCACUCGAUUACCCAGAAGGAUUUGAAGGAUCGAUUUGGAAAGUUUGGAGAUGUGGAGGAUGUAGAGCUCCGGACCAGGAGGGACGAGGAUGGUACUCCUUACAAAACUUUUGGCUACAUUAACAUCAACAUUUCAGACGCAGAUCUGAAGAAAUGUUUGACGGUUCUGAACAAAUCCAAAUGGAAAGGAGGAACUCUACAGAUUGAAACAGCCAAGGAGAGUUUCCUGCACAGACUGGCUGAGGAGCGGCAGGUGGCAGAGGAGCAGCGCAUCCAGCAGCCUGCAGCUGAGGACCACAGAGAGAAGAUGCUGGACUCCCUGAGCAAAUCCGGCGUGGACAACUUCACCAUGAAGUCUGCGGUCCCGGGGACUGAAGUUCCAGGACACAAGGACUGGGUGGUCAGUAAAUUCGGACGAGUCCUCCCCGUCUUGCAGCUCCGGUGUCGGAAAGGCAGCAAAGCUCGAACCCUGAAGUACGACCCAUCCAAAUACAGCCACAACAUCCGCAAGUUGGACCGGUCCACCGAAGACCAGCCAAUACCGGUCACCCAGCUCACCUGGGAGGUACAGGGAGGGGAUGAUGACAUCAGCAAGAAGAGGCGGGGAGAGUUCCCUCCGUAUGAGCCAUCGAGACCCAAGAAGAGUCGUACAGACACAGUCAACUCCCAUAAUGCUGUGGGCAGAACCAGAUUUAAGCAGAUGGAUGACUCUGUCGAUCACACCGAGGCUCAUCAGUUCACCAACGGAUAUGAACUACCAACCAACCACAGACCGGCUCAGAGGAAGGGGGCUCUGACUGAAAGUGAUAUCGACUCAGACGAGGAAAUCCACAGAAUGGUGGCAGCUCAGAACACCUCCCAUGAUGCACUGCGGCAUGAAGUGGAGGAGGAUAACCUGGAAGUCGUCGGACUUGACUACUUGGUGAAGGGUGGACGUUUGCAUCAGCAGCAGAAAGGCGGUCCAGAUGAUGAUGAAGAGAAUGGCUACGACUCCGCAGACACGGAUGAACUCCUCGCCUCCAGGAAGCCUCCUCCUCCACCACAGGAGAGACUGACUCUGCCCACUGUUGAACAUGUCUCAGGAAAGGACACAGGCAGGAAGAGAAAGACAAAGAAGAAAAAUAAAGCUGGAGAGGAAGAGGACGAUUCAUCAGAUGCUAAAGAACACCUCACCUCGAGGAAACCGUCCUCCACACAGCAGAGAGGAGAUUCUGGUAAACAGAGUUCCCAAAGCCAAUGUAAGAAGAUGACAGUCCUCCCUGUUUUAAAACCCCCUUCCUCAGAAUCAGAUAGUGAUGAGGAUGAUGAAGACGAUGAGGAGUUAGAAUCAACUGAUUGCAGCUCAGAUUCUGAUUAUGAAGCCAUGUUUUCUAACGUCACCCGUCUGGAGAUCUCGCUGGCUGAUCUACAGAUGCUAGCUGAAGAAUCGCAGCAAACCUCUAAGACUGCAGCUCCCAGCAUCCUCAGUGUCUCUUCUGAACAAGAAACUAAUCUCACCCCGGGUCCUGCUGAACGACCUGCUCCCAAGCAAGGCACCACGCCGGAAGAGAUCCUCGCCGCCAUCAUGGAGGAGGACAGCAGCGAUGAUGAACAGAAAAAGAAGAAAAGAAAAGCCGUCAUGUCAACGUCGCUGCCCGCUUUCCAGGGAACGAGAGCGCUGAACGAGAAUGAAGAGGGAACAGGAAGUAAGGUUAAAAAACAGAAGCUGGACUAUGAAGCUCCUCAGCUGAACCUCAGAGAAACGGACAGCAAAACCAGCAGGACUCUGAGCGGACAGAAACAUGCAGAACCCGAAACCUCAGAAAGCAGUGAGUACGAGGAAGAAGACAGUGAGGAGGAGGAGGAAGAGGAAGAAGAAGAAGAGAGGGAGGAGGAGAAAAGGGUGGAGGUGAAGAACAUGGGUGCUCAAAGAGUUUUAAAACUGGUUCCAACUAAAGCUGCAGGAAAUGCUGAGAAAAGCGAGACGGGUUCCUCCUCUAGCAGUGACGAUGACGAGGAGGAGAGUAUGAAGGCCAAUCAGACUGCUGUUACAGCUAAAGCUACAGCAACGGCGUUACCUUCAUCCUCCAGCUCCUCCGCUGAGGAAGAGGAGGACGAACAAGAGAUCAUUUCUGCUGAAGAUGCUGCGAAAGCAGCACCCCCCACUGCUCCUCACAGUGAGUCCUUCGCGGAAGAAGAGGAGGAUGAGGAGGAGGCUCCUUCUCGGGUGCCAUUAGGAGCUAAAGAGGAAGAGGAGCGGCAGAGGAAGGCCAACCUGAGGAGGCUGGCUGCUGUCCAUCAGAGACAGAAAGAGGCAGAAGAACACAAAAAGCUCAUCCAGGGAGCUCUAGCCAACCUGGACACUCCAAAAGCAGGAGCAGGAAAACACAUCGUCUUUGGCUCUGAUGAUGAUGAUGAUGAGGCUGAUGAUGAAGAUAAGCAGCAGAUGACCUCAGAGAUCACAGCGUCCAAGAAGACGCUAUUCCAGGACAGCCAAUCUGAGGACGAGGCAUCAGACAGUGAGAACAACACAAUAAAAGAAAAGGUCCACAUGAAGUCGUCUGUUCCUCAGCUGUUCAACGGCAGUGAGGAUGAGGAGGAUGGUGAUGAAGAGGAGGAUGGCAGCAGGUUUGACAUCAGGCCUCAGUUUGAAGGUCGAGCAGGACUGAAGCUGAUGGAGCUGCAAUCUCGCUUUGGGACAGACGAGCGUUUCCGGAUGGACUCUCGCUUCCUGGAGGAGGACAAGGAUGAAGAAGAGGAUUCAGGGAAAAAGAGGAGUACGACGGAAGAAGACGAGGAUCUGGAGGAGGAGAGGAAAAAGAACCUGUCCAUCCUGCAGAGCAUCCUCAGCAGCAGCAGCAUCCUUGGCAGCAGCAAGACGGCCGGCAAGGCCAAGACCUUCAGAGAUGUCUCAGCGCUGCAUUACGACCCCAGCAGAGAGGAACAUGCUGCGUUUGAGACCAAAACAGAUGAACCCAAAGAGAGCAAGUCAGCCAGAAAGAAGAAGAGGGAAGAGGCUCAGAAGCUUCCGGAGGUUUCUAAGGAGAUUUACUACGACGUGUCUGGUGAUCUAAAGGCCGUGUUCAGUGCGACGAAGGAUGACGUCGCUGAAGGAGAGGAGGAGACAAACUGGGAUCAAGAGGAAGAAGAGGAGGAAGGAGCGAAGGAUGAAAAGCCGAACCCGCUGUCACCUCUCUUCUCAGCUGAUCCCAGCGCUGAGUCUUCUGGAUUUAAAUUCUCCUUUUUUGGAGACGAUGCAGAAACGGAGAAUAGAGAGACAGAAGAGUACAAGAUAGAGAGCAUCACGGCGCCAAAGGUGUCAUGGCAGCAAGACCCACGUUUCCAUGACAGCAGCUCAGAGGAGGAUGAGGAAGAAAAGGAGGAAGAUGAGGAGCACAGCAGCGUCGCCGCUAACAUCGCAGAAGAGGAGACUCCUUCAAAUGCAGAUCGAUUCUUCUUCUUCUUCCCUGAAGACAGCAGAUUGAUGGAGGGUCCCAGGUUGUUCUGUCGGUCCUCUCACCUGGAGGAGCAGAAGGAGGAGUGGGAGGAGAGGAGGAGUGCCCUCAGACAGGAGUACCGCAAGAAACACAAGGAUGCCCGGAAGAAGCUGAAAGCAUCUCAGAAAACUUGAGGAUUACGGGACGUGAAGUCUCUGUGUUUCAGAGGUUGCUGGUCAGGACUACAGAAUCAGGAGCAGACAGAUUAUUUCUCUCUUGGCGCCAUUUUGUGCCCCAGACUGAUUUUUCUUUUCACAGUCAGCAACCAAAUGGCUGCUGAAGACAAACAUCAAGAGAAAGAUCAAGUUCAUCAGAUUUAUUUUUUAUUUUAGUAAAUACUCUAUUUUGUGGUCAGUCAUGGGAACGAUGCUGCAAAUGAACUUCUGGACAGUACGCAGCAUCAGUCCGUCACAACUUCAGGGGACCCAACCUGUAAUAAAAUCAAGAAAUAAACAACUUUUCUUAA